AUGAUUUUUCUAAUUACUCUACUCUAUUUUUUCUUAACCUCUUCAAUUGAUAUUAAAAGUAUAAAAUAGUAUAAACGACUGAAAAGGUAUAAGUAUUUUUUUUAAUUAUUAACUUUUUCGGUCCCUAACAACCAUCUAACAACAUUAAUUAUUGUUAAACUAAAGCUCAACCUAAAUUGUAACAUACUUCAAAUAAUAAACAUUGAUAAAUCACUGAGUUUAAGUACACAGCUUUUUUAAGAGUCAGAACUAUAUAAUAAUUGUUACCUUCAAGACGAUUUUCACGAAAUUAAUUAAUUUAUAUACAAAAUAUUCCUGAAUAAUUCUUAAAUUAUUAAAAACCUUAUUCUUUAGUUAAACACAUCAACUAAUUAAAUUUUAAAUUUAAAUUAAUUCACUAAGUAAUUACCCAAAAAUUAUGGAUAGUGUUUUGGUCAUAGUAAUAAUGUUAGAUCAGUCUGUUUCUCUCCUGAUGGAAAUACAUUAGCUUCUGGUAGUAGAAAUAACUCUAUCCGUCUAUGGGAUGUGUAAAAUGGAAAAGAAAUUUAAUCUGCUGACAAAAAAUAUAAAGAUAUUCUUGCUAAAUUCAAAGCACCACUAUUUUCAAAUAAUCCUCUGCCAGGUAUUUCAUUAUUUAUUACCUUUUAGAAUCCAACAAUAUUACAAUUCUAAGAAUAUCUUAAACACCACUAUUCCAAGCGCAAGGAGCAUUAAUCUUGAAAGGAGAAUUUAUUAAUUAUGAAGGAUACGAUUUAAAACCUUUAUUCAAAUCAAAAGGAAGUUGCUUUUUGGAAGACCUUAAGUAAAAGUGA